UUCAAUGAAAUCUAACCUAACUCUCUUUUCUAGGAAAAACAUUAGAAACAAUCUGUGCUUGCGCGUAAAUUUUUGUACAUUUGGAUAAAUCUCUUGUUUUUUGUGGUUUAUUUUUCUCUCCCUACACAAAAACAACACAUUUGGUUUCGGUUUCUGUCGGCGGUGCCUCAAGGAGAUUAUCUAUUCAGACUUUGUAUUUGCUUAAAGACCAGUUUUAGUUGUUAUCGAUGUACCAUACAUUUAUAUUGCCCGCUCUCGACAAAAGCUGAAAAUUGGAAAACGCAAACAAUGCCAAGUGCUACGCUGGGUAGCUUGCAACUUCCAAACAACGAAGAUUGCGGUAUUCGCGACGUUUGGGCCCAUAAUUUGGAAGACGAAUUUCGCACUAUUAGACAAAUCGUUCAAAAGUACCAAUACGUAGCCAUGGAUACGGAAUUUCCGGGAGUUGUGGCCAGGCCGAUAGGGGAGUUUCGAAGUUCCGCGGAUUACCAGUACCAAAUGUUGAGGUGUAAUGUCGAUCUACUGAGAAUAAUUCAGUUAGGUUUGACAUUUCUCGACGACAAUGGCAAAACGCCGGGCGGAUCUUACACCACCUGGCAGUUCAAUUUUAAAUUCAAUCUUCAGGAGGAUAUGUAUGCGCAAGACAGCAUAGACCUUUUGACCAACUCGGGCAUUCAGUUUAAAAAACACGAAGACGAAGGGAUAGAACCUCUCGAAUUUGCCGAACUGCUUAUGUCGUCGGGUAUCGUUUUGAUGGAGAACAUUAAGUGGUUGUCAUUCCAUUCGGGGUACGAUUUCGGCUAUCUAAUUAAACUCCUCACGGAUAACAACCUACCCCAAGAUGAGAAUGAAUUUUUCGAGCUGCUUAAACUGUAUUUCCCAACAAUCUAUGACGUCAAGUAUCUAAUGAAAUCAUGCAAAACACUCAAGGGGGGCCUCCAGGAAGUAGCCGAUCAGUUGGAGCUGGAACGGGUGGGGCCUCAGCACCAGGCGGGCUCCGAUUCCUUGCUGACCGGAAUGGCAUUCUUCAAAAUGAAGGAGAUGUUUUUCGAGGACACCAUCGACGAUUCGAAAUUCUCGGGACACCUUUACGGUCUGGGAACGUCGUUCGCCGUGAACGGCUCGACGAACAAUUACACCACGGACAAUGGAGACAAUGCAAAUUCGAACUAGGUUAAUUUCGAUCCGAACUGUCGCGGAAUGAUUUUGAAGCAACCGUGUAGAUAAAUUUAAAUAAGCUACCUUCAUUAGCAUUUUCACUAUCCUAGUAAACGUCGGGGCGCUGGGCGGGACAACAAUCCGGGUCGAUCUUCGAGCGCCUCAGCCCAUUAUGGUUCCGUAAACUUUUGAUUUGUCAUAUUUUAAAUAAUAAUAGGAUUUACACAAAUUCUUACUUUUAUAUGUAAAAAUAUUUAUUUAAUAAAUUCCUUUUUAUUUUCA